AUGAAUACCUCAAUCGCAGCGCAGAAGCAGACCAGCAGCUCAGCCGGCCCCAGCACGGGCGACAUCCCCUCCUCAUCCAGUGCCGGCAGCAACGUCUCUCGACAGAGCAUCGGCAGUCUCCUCGAGAAGCAGGGACGCGCCCGCUGUACCGUCUAUACCACUAGCAGGGGCGACUGGUUCAUCACUGCCGACGACGCCGACCUCGUGUCCACCUCCUUCUCCAUCACCCUCCAGCCCCUCGGCGACCUCGGCCUGCCCACGCCCGAGGUCUUCAUCCACCGCCUGCAGGGCCUGUGUGUCCUCAACGAUCGCCUGACCGGCCUGUCGCGCGAGCUGCUCAACCUCCACGGCCCAGACAGCGAGGGAUUCGUCCUGCCGCUCUUCCGCCAGCGCGGACCCAGGGGCCUCGAGUACGGCGUCCUGGUGGGCCGGCAGCACCGCGCCGCCGACGACUGGGGGGAGGGCGACCUGCCCUCUGGGUACGCCGCCCCGCUCGCCGUCUCGCGCAGCGACUACUGUCUCGACCGCAUCGACCAGGUCCUCUACCCGGAAAACACCGUCGUCACAGACCCCUUCCCACACAGGCCCGUCGUCGAGCACCAGCACCAGCACCAGGACGAUCACGCCGGUACAGAUACAUCUCCCGCCUCCAAGCUCACAUCCUCCUCGCCCCCCCGGCGCUCCAGCACCAGCACCAGCACCAGCACCAGCGGCCCACCACUGCUCAACUGGCCGCGCUUCGUCCUCCAGGUCGGCCGCCUCUGUGUCGCUAACCCCUCAGACGCGUCGUCCCACCGCGCACCUGCGAAGUCGUCCUACGUCGUGGUCAUGGACAUCGUCAGCCCGCACAAGCCCGUCUGGAUCAUCCACGACGCCUUCACCCGCGACGCCGACGGGCUCGUGCCCCGGGAGGCGCAGCGCCACCGCAGCGGCGUCGCCUUCGCCACCGCGCCGGCCUACUUCGACAUGGCGCCUCUGCUGGGCAGUGUGCAGGACUGGGGGAAGCUGAAGGAUGAGGAGGAGGAGGAGGAGGAGGAGAGGGACGGCAGCCGGGAGAGCGAGGGCGAGGGCGGUGGAAUGGAGGCCAGGGUGGCGGCGCGGGGCGCCAGGGUCGAGCCGCUGCUGUCGCUGGCUUGGAGCGGGAGGCUUCUCGAGGCCGCCAAGAAGGCAGGGGCCAGCGCUGUCUAA